AUGACCAACCAAGCAGCCUGGAUCAAAGAGAAGCACGGUCAACUCGUCGUUGACGAAGCCGAGACCCCAGUUCCCGGCGAUGGCGAGAUCCUUGUCAAAGUCGACCUGAUCGGAUUCAGUCCUGUCGAGGCCAAGAUCCAGAAAUUCGGCACCCACCCCAUCCCCUACCCCAACAUCCUCGGCCAAUCCUUCGCCGGCACCAUCGAAUCCGUCGGUCCUAAUGUGACCAGCCUGAAGCCCGGCGACCGAGUUGCAACCCUCGCGUCUGCGGCCUCCAGCUCGAAAAUUCCCCCCGGUGUCGAGCUCGAAGGGGCUGCGACUUCGAUCGUGAAUCUCGGCACCGUGGUCUCUGCGCUGUCGAUUCAUCUGGGACUUGAUCGGCCGUCUCUUUCAGAGAACCCGGAACCCAAGAACAAGAAGGUCCUGGUCUAUGGGGGUUCGAGCUCCUGCGGCGGGCUGGCCGUCAGGUAUGCUGCCACGGCGGGGUAUAAAGUGAUUACCACGUCGUCGGCGCAGAACCGCGAGUUCGUGGAGUCGCUGGGCCCGGCUCAUAUUAUCGACCAUACGGCGGGGGCGGAGACGAUCUUGGAAGAACUUCGCAGCCAGGGUCCCUUUGAUGCGGUCUUUGAUACGAUCGGGGUGCCUCCUGUGACGAAUAUCCUGGUGAAGUAUUUGUCUUCGAUUGGCGGGGGGAAGUAUAAUACUCUGAUUCCUCUGCUCGGGGGUGAGGAUCCUGUCCCGGAUACUGUUCAGCGGCUGUUUGCGCCGUAUACCUGGGCGCUUGAGGACGAGGCGAAUAGGGAGAUCGCUCGGUGGUUCUUUGAGGAGUAUUUGCCUAAAGGAUUGCAGAGUGGGUUGGUCGUGCCGACAAGAGCGCAGGUAAUUGAGGGAGGGUUGAGCAAUGCGCAGUAUGCGCUGGAUCUGAUGGGCCAGAAUGCUGUGAGCGGACACAAGCUUGUUUUGAACCCUUGGGCCGAAGAUGAGUGA